AUGGCGCAACACACUCCGGUUCCCUUCGGGCCCAUCCAAUUCGCUCACCCCUCCGCUAUGCCCAGCCUGAUUCCUUCGACGGGGUCGCUCGGCAAUGUUCUCCGCAAACGUGCGGGCUCGUUCAUCGGUUUCAUCAAGACCAACGCGCAUUCCCCCAAAAAUGUUGCCAAAGGACGUCCCAUCUCGAACCCGACCUUGGUCCAGUCCUCUCACGACCUCUUGCUCGCAAUGCCAUCGCGAUCGCCACCGGCCGCCGGCGCCCCCUCGGAACUUCCCCCUUCGUACCGCCAAUCCUGGCUAUCCUUCUCAAGGGACGAGUCCACUUCCUCCGGCGCAUCACAACACACUCAUCUACCCCAAGAGACGGACGCCGAUGACGACAUCCUCUACAUCACCCGAGUCGAGAUAGGCGAGCAGCUCAUCGCCGAGCGCAAAAUUGUUGACCUGCUGGAGAAGGACCGCGUGAUGGACCAGGAGUUCCGCCGACUUGGACUUUGA